AUGGAGAGAUAUACGAAUUAGCUAAUCUUGAAUUGAUCCUGUGUAAACCCACUGACACAGGCUCACCAGAGAUGGAUGUACCGCGACACAAUCUCCCCCUUUGCAUGGCCGUUUCAGUAAAGUUGAAGGAUGGUGAGGGUGGUGGAUACCUCGACCGAUCAUGCCAUGAGAUUAUUCCCGUGAUGGGGUCUGUUUGUAUGCAACUCGCCUGUCAUUAUGUAUCUCGCCACCGAUCGGCGUUACACUGACCUCGGUUGGAACACCAUGUCCGGGCCGGCGCCGAUCCUCCGGCUUGUGUACCAGCAUACCGGUACCCGCGCUGCAUGUGAUCGGCGGCCGCCGUUGAAAUAUCUCGCUAUAUGCAUAUGUACCGGGGUACUGUACAGAUUAGUCCAACGUCUCUCCGCCGAGAGGCCUCACCAAAUCCCCCCCGCCAUGCGGAGUGCCUGGCGAUCUCAACCAGUACGGGUAUCACACGGUAAAUUGUACAUGUCUCAAAGAUGUCCAUACAAUAUCCUCUCCAGGUCCAGGCCGGCCUUGAACACGCCACCACCGCCAGUCGUCCGGGAUGCGCUCCCCAAUUCUGAAACCAACCCCUGCUUUUCUCUUUUUACCCGCCCUUCCCAAAACGGGAAACAAAACGCCGCCGUUGUAUCCGUCCCCCCCGCAAGAAAAGAGCAAAGAGAAAAAAAAAAACCUCCAACGCCCGCCCUACCCCCACCUAACAGGGACAGCCCGCAGGCAUAUCCCGAGCAAGAAGAAGAUGAACUCCCCAAUCCAGCUGGACCAGCCCCUAUCCACCCCCGCCCCUUUAACUUCUAACUCCCAACGGCCGCGACGGCCUCGCCGCGCAGCUCCUUGCAGCGCGGGUGUGGGCAGGUGCCGCAGAAGAGGGUGCUCUUGCCGCACGCCACGACGCGCGCGCACCCGCAGGUGGUCGACUGCGAGACCAGCGUCGUCUGGCAGGCGUAGCUGAUGCGAGUGCCGCACAUUUUUUGGUGGGUGGAGGUGUGUGGUGGUGUUUGUUGAGGAGACGUUCGCUUUUUUUUUGGUUGCUUGGAUGUGCUGCAGUGCCAGGUACCUUAGGCGGUGGUGUGGUGGUGUGGUGUUGUUCUAGCCCAGAUUGGAUGUUGUUUUGGGGUUUGCUGAAGUGGAAAGGGGGU